AUGGGGCAGGUCAGUACCCGCUCCCUGUGCCGGGCCAGCUCCCGCGCCUGGCAGAGGCAGCUGCCCUGGCCCGGCCCCGCGCCUGCAGCCCCACGGGGCCGCAGCCCCGCGUGGAGCCCCGGGACAGCUCCCGCCCAGGGACUCUCCUCCAUGGCCCCCUCCAUCCGCCUGUCGCCCGCCGCCCGCAGCCUCUUCGAUGAGCCGCUGGCCAUCGCCGUGCAGGGCCUCGGCCCGCGGCAGCAGGUCACUCUGCGGACGUCCUUGCGGGACGAGACCGGAGAGCUCUUCCAGGCCAGUGCCCUCUACCAGGCGGGCGACGACGGGGAGCUGGACCUCGCCCGCUGUCCUGCGCUGCCGGGAGGCAGCUUCUCCGGCCUGGAGCCCAUGGGGCUGCUCUGGGCUCUGCAGCCCCAGAAGCCUUUCUGGCGGCUGGUAAAGCGGGAUGUGCAGAGCCCCUUCCUCCUGCAGCUGGAGGUGUUUGAGGGCCACGGGGAGCGCCCGGGGCGGCUUCUGGCCCGGGCGCAGCACGAGCGGGCGUUCCUGCGGGACGGGGUGCAGAGAGUCCCGGUGCGAGAAGGGAGGAUCCGGGCAACGCUUUUCCUGCCCACUGGAGAAGACACCUUUCCAGGGAUCAUUGAUAUACAUGGACUUGGAGGAGGUCUUUUUGAGCCCAGAGCAAGUCUGCUGGCCAAUCAUGGCUUUGCCACACUCGCCCUGGCUUAUUAUCAGUUUGAAGAUCUGCCCCAGGAACCAAAGGAACUCCACCUGGAAUAUUUUGAAGAGGCAGUGAACUAUAUGCUGCAGCACCCACAGGUGAAGGGUCCAGGGGUUGGCCUGCUCGGUUUCUCCAAAGGAGGUGAAGUGUCCCUUGCCAUGGCUGCCUUCCUGAAGAACAUCAUGGCUGUUGCUUCCCUCAAUGCCCCUGUUGCUGCUACAUGUAUUCCUUUCUCUUACAAGGAUAAAACCAUCCCCACUGUGACCGUAUAUGAACACAAAGCCAAGGCCACUAAUUCCAAAUUUCUUGAUUAUUCUGAUGUCAUUGAUGAUCCUUUUCAAGCCCCUGGCAACCAAAGCCGGAUCCCACUAGAGAAAGCUGAAGCACAAUUUCUAUUCAUGGUAGGCCAAGAUGACCGUGUUGUCAAAAGUGAGUAUUAUGCUACUGAAGUCUGCAAGCUUCUGCAGGCUCAAGGGAAGGAAAAUUUUCAGAUUCUCUCCUACCCUGGAACAGGGCACUGCAUAGACCCACCCUGUUUCCCUUUGUACCACAUAGGAAGCCACCCCGUUUUUCACAAGCGAGCAGUCCUGGGUGGGGAGCUCAGGGCUUAUUCUAAAGCUCAGGUUCAUGCUUGGUCACAGAUCCAGGCAUUUUUCAGAAAGUAUUUAAUUGCUAACUAAUGUGCAACAAAUAAUGUGCAAGCAACACACAAUUUUGAACAACCAGAUCUGAUAAAUUCUACUACAGUUAUCAGGUCAAACCUUGUCACAGCUGUACCAGU